AAACGGAUCAGAGACGAGUUUGGGUGCCUUCUGUAAUCACAAAAUGCAGACGGAUAUUAAAGACUUUCUUCAACGGGUGCCUACUAAACCUCAGGGUAGAAAGAGAAAAGUCGAUGAUGACUCGGAUACCAACUCUCAACCAGAACAUAAGCGUGUAACACGCGUACUUCGCCCGAAGAAGGUUGAGUCUAAAGCGAAAAUCGAAGAAAAAGUAUCCUUGCAGGACGAGGAACAUCCAUUGGUUUCGAUUUUCGCGGCUCUAGAGACCUGUAUUACUUUUCACAUUUCCAUCAACACCAAACCAACAAUGCACAUUCUUGAGAAGCAAGUAUCGAGAAUGGCAAAAACAACAUUCAAUCAGUUCACUUUGGGUCAGAUAUUGACAAUUUGGCCUGGUGUCUUCGCGUUAAAACCAGCAUAUGCUCUUCAUGGAGGCGUUCGUAUUAAGACACACGAGAUUUCAUUGAACGAGGAAAAUCGGAAUAUCAUUUUUCAUUCGCGUACGCCAGAGUUUAAGCAAAAGCUUCAAGACUGGGUACAGUCGCACGAAGACGGCCUUGAAAUUCCUUCGGUCGAUUUACCAGAUUUAUCAGAAAACAAAAGCAAUUUCUUCGGAAACAAGACAGCUACGGAAAAGAAGUCGACUGUUAACGCCUCCAUUGGUACACCAUCGGCUGAAACUGCAAAGACAACAUUGGAUAAUAUUCAAGCAAGACUCCAAGACUCUCCUCGGCUACAAAAGAAACCAUUGUUGAAAAGUCAUGCCAAUACUACCCAACCUAAAAAACCAAGCAUGGCCCAAUUGAGUUUGCGACAAACUUCUCUGUUUGAUCGUAUUAAAAAGAAGCAAGCUCGUUUGGCAGCAGAGGCUGCGGAAAAGAAGUUGUCAAAAACUCCCAUAGAAAAAGCGUACGAAAUUUCAAGCUUACGGCUGGACCGUGUGGUGGAUACCCUUUUUGUUUUAUUACACUCUUUUCCCUUCAAAUGCUCUUUUUCCUUACGAGAAAUUGUGUCUACUUUCCAAAAAUCCUACAGCACAAACUACACUGAGGAACAGUGUAUGCGUCUGCUACGCAUUCUUUCAAAGCUUGUUCCUGAAUGGUGCCAAUUGCAUUCUCUGGGGAAUGUGCAAGCCGUUUUAUUCACCCGAGCUCGUCAAGGAAAACCUAUUUUGAGAAGCUAUGUUCUUGAGCGAAUUCAAAAUGCAGAAGGUUGUUCAGAGCAGGUCUCACAACCCACGCAACAAAAAACUCCGCUGCUUGUAAACGAGCACUAAAACACUGCGUACAAUUUUGGUUCCUAUUUGUACAUUCAACGUUUAUGACCCAUAAUGAUUAUGAAACGGUUAAACACCCCGGUUAAUGGCAUCUUUUCUUUACUUUUGUUUACUCAAAGAGGUGAAAGCUUCUAUUUUUAAUAAACUAAUUCCAGUUCUUUUAUUUUAAUAUCCCAUAAAUUCAAUUUCAACGCGAUAAUUUUAUCCUACACGCCAGCCAGAGAACCAGUAGAC